UGUAUUACUUCUACUAUGUUCUUCUCUCUCUACACAAUCCUAGAAUAGAUUUCACCUUUGGUAUAACUUUGCAAAGGCUUCUUAUUAGGGUUUUCUUGAGUUCUUGGAUCUCUUCUUCAAUUCCGCUCAACCACAUCACAAACUAUCUUAGUUUCUUCUAGCUACUUUCUGUUUUUUGCAACUCCUAACCUAGUACACAUGAAAGCAAGAUUAUUUUCACUCCCUUAAUCCUACAACUUUCCUACUACUUUCAUCCUUCUUUGAAACUGAAUAUUCAUCAAAAAUAUGAGAACAGGAGGCUGCACGAUACAACAAGCUCUAACAAUAGAAGCAACAAGUGUUGUCAAACAAGCUGUUACACUUGCGAAACGGCGCGGCCAUGCCCAAGUAACACCCCUCCAUGUAGCAAGCAACAUGCUCUCUUCUUCAAAUGGCAUAUUCAAAACAGCUUGCCUUCAAUCUCAUUCUCAUCCUCUCCAAUGCAAAGCCCUAGAGCUUUGCUUCAACGUGGCACUCAAUCGUCUUCCUGCUUCGUCUUCUAGUCCCAUGUUAUUGGGCCAACAAUAUCAUCAUCAUCAUCAUCAUCAUUCUCAGUAUCCUUCCAUCUCUAACGCGCUUGUUGCUGCCUUCAAGCGAGCCCAAGCCCACCAAAGGCGGGGCUCGAUUGAGAAUCAGCAACAACCUCUUUUAGCUGUAAAAAUAGAACUUGAACAACUUAUCAUUUCUAUUUUAGAUGAUCCUAGUGUUAGUAGAGUCAUGAGGGAAGCUGGUUUUGAUAGUACUCAAGUUAAAACCAAUGUUGAACAAGUUGUUUCUUUAGAACUUUGCUCUCAGAAUAAUCCUUCUCCUAAGCCUAAAGAAAAUAGUAAAAUAAGUCCGUUUCCAAUUAAACAUGAGGAUGUGAUGAGUGUAGUGGAAAGUUUAAUGAACAAAAGAAGGAGAAAUAUUGUGAUGGUUAGUGAAUGUGUUGAUAAUUUAGAAGGUGUGAUUAAAGGGGUGAUGAAUAAAAUUGAAAAUAGAGAUGUGCCUGAUGAUUUGAAGGAAAUUAAGUUCAUAAGCUUACCACUUUCAACUUUUGGUAAUAUCCAAAGAGAAGAAGUUGACCAGAGAAUAGGAGAGUUGACUUGUCUUAUUAAGAGUUUAGUAGCAAAAGGAGUUGUUUUGUACUUAGGUGAUCUUAAAUGGAUCGCUGAUUAUAGAGCUAAUUAUGGGGAAAGGAGAAUUAUUAGCUACUAUUGUUCUGUGGAGCACAUGAUUAUGGAAAUUGGGAGAUUGGUAUGUAGUUUUGGUGAAAUUGAGAAAUUUUGGCUAGUGGGAAUUGCAACAUUUCAAACUUACAUGAGAUGCAAAAGUGGUAACAAUUCAUUGGAAUCUGUUUGGGGCCUGCAUCCUGUUACCGUACCUGGUGGAAGUUUGGGCCUCAGUCUCAACCCUGACAGUGAUACACAAAUUGAACUUAGAAGUAAGACAUCUGAAGGUGAAUUCUCAUGUGGAGAGGAAAAGCAACUGACUUGCUAUUGUAACAGUGAAUCUACAUUGUCAAAUAUACCUUCAUGGCUUAAAGAUGAGAGGCAAAAAAAAUACUAUACUACUUCAAAUAAUCAUCAUGAUCAGAACUGUGUAUCAGUCAAAGAUCUGCACAAGAAGUGGAAUAGUACAACAUGCAAUUUGCCAUUUUGGGCCAAUAGAAAAACAUGUGAGACAAUUUCAAGUACCCCUAAUUCUGCAUCUAAUUCAAGUGAUUUGAUCAUUGAGAUGGACUGUUCUGUUCCAAAGUUCAAAGAGUUCAAUUCUGAAAACUUGAACAUUUUAUCCAAUGCAUUGGAAGUAAUUGUCCCAUGGCAAAAGGAAAUUAUUAUUCAAGAAAUUGCUGCAACAAUAUUGCAAUGCAGGUCCAGAAUGAUAAGAAGAAAAGAAAAAUCUUUAACUAAUGAGGGAAAAGAAGAAACUUGGCUAUUUUUCCAAGGUCCUGAUGUUCAUGCCAAGGAGAAAAUUGCUAGAGAAUUGGCCAAUAUUGUGUUUGGAUCAUACUCGAAUUUCGUGUCGAUUGCUAUGAGCAAUUUUUGUUCUAAUUUAAGGAACAAAAGGUCAAGAGAUGAACAGUUUUGGAGCUACGUUGAUAAAUUUGCUCAAGCAAUUUCUUCUAAUUCUCAUUGUGUUUUCUACUUAGAGGAUUUGGAGGAAAUUGACUAUUCUUCUCUAAGGGGAAUCAAGAAGGCUAUUGAAAGAGGAUCAGUUACUAAUUUAAACGGUGAAGAAGUGAGUCUUGAUGAUGCUAUUAUUAUUUUGAGUUGUGAGAAUUUUGGUUCUAAGUCAAGAGCUUGUUCACCUAAUGUGAAGCAAAAAUGUGACGAAACUACAAGUCCUUGUGUUUCUUUGGAUUUGAAUCUCUCUAUUGAUGAUCAAUAUGGGAGUGGUGAAGAUUUGUCAAUUGAUGAUGAUAUUGGGAUUCUUCAAAGUGUUGACAAAUGCAUUUGUUUCCAAAAUUCAAGAACUAUAGUAGAAUAGGUUAUAUUAUUAUGUUUGAUGAGAUGACUUAAUUUCUUCACUUUUCUUUGUUGGUUUUUUUUUUCUCUCUUUUCAAAUAGUAGGUCAAAGAGUUCUGACCCCUCAAUUUUCCUGUACUAAAGUUUUGUAAAUUGAACUUCCAAUACAGGUCCUUAGUGCUAGUUUUCUUCUC